AUGUACGAGAAACCAAACACUCGCUUAGCUGAAUGUCAAAAUGAAUUUCUAGAAAAAGUAAAUAAACCAAAACCGCCAAUAGUACCACCGCCACCACUACCAAAAGAUUCUGUACAUAGUCAACCAGAUCUUGAAUAUAAUAUACUGAAGGAAAUACAACAUGUCCAUCGACUGAUUAAAGAAAAUGGACAACAAGGUGAUUUUGGAAUGGAAAUGAAGUUUGGUGAAUUAAUACCGAUGUAUGAAGCUGAUCAAAUCGAAAGAUUAGUUGAAAUCUUAGCUAAUGCACGUAGAAAUGGUUAUAUUAAUUACAAACUUAAUGGUUUCUUACAACAAGAUCGGGAUGAAGAUAUUUAUAUUAGAUUGGUCAAAACACCAUUUUGA